AUGGAUUUCUACAAGUCUUUCCCUAGUGACCUGCACCUUCCUCCUCAUUUGCUUUCGGCUAUUCAGAGGCCUACGGUCCUGGUGGGCGUUGCCUGUCUAUUCUUAUUCUCCCAGCUUCUGAUCUGGACGGCCCAUCGCUCUCGUCGAAAGACGACCGCGAAAGGAUUGGCCGAAAUCCCCGGACCCUCGGGGUGGCCCCUGAUUGGAAUCGGUCUCGAUCUUCCGGCCCGGCCCCGGGUGCUUUUGAGCCGUUGGCGUACCCAGUUUGGAGACACUUUCAAGGUUCGCGUCGGCUGGUAUAAUUGGGUCUUCUUCAACAGCCCCGACGCGGUGAAGGAAGUCUUCGACCGGCAAGCGGCCGUGACCUCGGGCAAGCCCCCGCUCCCCAUUGCGCAGGAGUACUGCCUGCGCGGGGAUGGGAUCCUGCCGAUGACCUACAGCACCAAAUGGAAGCGGCUGCACGCGUUGCUCAAACAGCUCCUCAAUGCCAAGGCGUCGGCUGCAUUCAUCCCUAGCCAGGAAUUCGAGAUCAAGCAACUGCUGUGGGACUUGAGCGCCUCAGCCGGUAAGCCCAGCAGCACAGACUUUUACAUGCACAUCCGUCGCAUGACCUUUUCCAUCGUCAUGACCUCGGCGUACGGGCAGCGGAUCCCGCAGUGGGACUGUCAGGAGGUGCGCGACGUAUACGGGAACAUGCGGAUGCUGUCAAUCAUCCUGAGCCCUGGGAUGUUCUGGAUCGACGUGUUUCCCGCCCUGAAUUGGCUCCCCCGAUUUCUCUUCCCCUCAUGGCCCAAGGCCAAGCUCAUGGCAGCGAAGAUGCACGACAAUAAGAUGCGCCACUGGAACCACCUCAAGGCCCGAAUCGCGGCAGGCAACGCCCCGGACUGUUUUGCCAGGGAUCUCAUGGAGUCUUCCAAUUACCGGGAACACGAACUGGCCGAGGAGACGGUCUCGUGGCUGGCAAGCGCGGUGCCGGAGGCCGGGGCGGAGACGACGGCGAGCGCGUUGAACGGGAUGAUUCGGUACCUGGCCAUGUUCCCGGAGGCACAAGCGCGGGCACACGAGGAGGUGACGCGGGUGCUUGGGGACGGGCCGCGGCUAGCGACGCUGGCCGACGAGCCCGCGAUGCCCUACAUCCGCGCGGUAAUCAAGGAGACGCUGCGCCUGUGCCCAGUGGCCACCACAGGCCUCCGCCGCAUGGCCGAUGGCGACGUCCACUACCGCGACUACCGCAUCCCCAGGGGGACCAUUCUCCUCGCCAACCUCAAUGCUCUGCACUGGGACCCCGACCGCUUCCCGGACCCCUUCAGCUUCCGCCCCGAGCGCUACCUCGACUCCCACCCGCUCCGCUCCGCCGUCUACGCCGCCGGCGGCGACGUCCACGCCCGCGAUCAUUUCACCUUCGGCGCCGGCCGCCGCAUCUGUCCCGGCAUCCACCUUGCCGAGAACGGCCUUUUUCUCGCCGUGGCCAACCUCAUCUGGGCCUACGAGUUCCGCCUGCCCCUCGACGAGAAGACCGGCCAGGAGAUGCCCCUGGAUAUCGGCGACGAGGCGUUCAUGGAGGGCGCCAUCCGCGUCCCCAAGCCGUACGCCAUCCGGAUUCUCGCGCGCAAUCCCGCGCGAUCGGCCCUCAUCCAAGAGUCGUGGAAGACCGCGCAAAAGGAGGGGUAUGUAUUGAGAGGUGUUCGUGUUGAUGUCGAUGGCGGGGUGAGGGGGGUGAGGGGGUGA